UUUUUUUUUUACUUCAGGAACUUCACAGUUAAUUUUGAGAGUUUAAGAACAUAAAAUUUUUUUUCCUCUCCUAAUUCCUCCCCUACAAGAUCACUUCAUCAAAUACUUUGAGUAGUCGUGUCAGUUACAUUGAAUUUGCUUGCCAAUGCGUGUUUGCUUUUUCAAUUGGAAAAUUGGAGAGUCUAGAGAAAACAUUUUGAAAACUUUCUUUCUGCAAGAGAAAUGAAUUUUGAAACAGAUUCCUCUGGCUGUGAGACACCAGCUUCUUAAUAAUCUGUGGACAUUUAAAAAAAAAUCAGAAUGUACACACAGUGGGCAAUUGUGAAUAUUUUCAUGGUCUCCUAUCUGCAUCUCCUGCAAGGAUCUAAUUAUCAGCAUGGACCUGUGAAGCGGGCUCCUCAGUCAUUGUUAGAGCGCUCAGAACAGCAGAUCCUGGCCGCAUCUAGCUUGGAGGAACUCCUCAGGAUCACUCACUCUGAAGACUGGAAGCUGUGGAAAUGUCGACUGAAGAUCAAGAGCUUAGCGAGUAUGGAUUCCCGCUCAGCAUCCCAUCGCUCCACCAGAUUCGCGGCAACAUUUUAUGACAUCGAAACACUUAAAGUUAUAGAUGAGGAAUGGCAGAGAACUCAAUGUACUCCAAGAGAGACCUGUGUGGAAGUAGCCAAGGAGCUUGGGAAAAGCACUAACACUUUCUUUAAGCCCCCCUGUGUGAAUGUAUUCCGGUGUGGAGGCUGCUGCAAUGAAGAAAGCCUCCUUUGUAUAAACACAAGCACAUCAUAUGUUUCAAAACAGCUUUUUGAAAUAACAGUGCCUUUAACAACUGUACCCGAAUUAGUACCAGUUAAGGUUGCUAACCAUACAGGGUGUAAGUGCCAAUCAGCUACUCAGCACCAUCCAUAUUCCAUCAUAAGAAGAUCCAUCCAAAUCCCUGAAGAGGAUCGUUGUCCCAACACCAAGAAAGUCUGUCCGGGUGAAUUGACAUGGGAUAGCAAUAAAUGUAAGUGUGUCACACAGGAAGAGAGUCCUCUCAAUGGGAUGGAAGAGCACUUCCAUCUUCAGGAACUAGCUAUUUGUGGGCCCCAUAGGAAAUUUGAUGAGGACCACUGUGAAUGUGUCUGUAAAAUGCCUUGUCCUGAUGAUCUCAUUCAGAACCCAGAGAACUGCAGUUGUUUUAAAUGCCAAGAAAGUAUGGAGAGCUGUUGUCAGAAGCAAAAAAUAUUCCAUCCAGACACCUGCAGCUGUGAGGACAGAUGCCCGUUUCACACCAGGACAUGUAUAAAUGGAAAAUCGAUAUGCGCAAGGCACUGCCGCUUUCUGAGGGACAAAAAAGGCCCCCAUGGACUCCAUGGCAGAGUAAAUCCUUGAAACAAUUUUUAUCCCACUCCAAACCCCUACCUUUUUGGAUUUCUGUAAACAGUGUGCUGCUUUGCCAAGUUGCUGUCACUUUCUAAGUGUUAGUAAAAAUGAGUCAACAUCUAUUUCACUUAGCAAGAGUGAAACUAGUCCACAUUCAUUUAUUCCAUUAAAAAAACUGCCAGGAAUGGAUUCACUGGGAUGCUGGUAAUUGUCCACUGCCAGAGGAUGCUCAUGGGGGUGAAGGAUUGGAGAAGGAGCCUACUUGGAGCUUUUUUUUUUUUUUAACAAGGAACAAAUUGGAUAAUUUGCAAUGGAGUAAUGGUUACUAUCCAAUUGUUAAGGAAAAUGGACUAAACCUUUGCUAACUGCAACUCUUGUGAAAUACUCAGAUUUUCUCUUGUACAGAAUUUGAUUUGUAAUAUGUUCAGCACUGACUUUUUGAUCUACUGUCCAGCUUUUGAUUAUUGAGUUUGUUGAACUACUGCCUGAUGUUUCAUAUUUAAAUAUAUUUAAGUAAAUAAAUGUAUCAGUUAUUCAAGCUACAUAUUCUCAUGCAUUAUAGCAGUUUUCCCAGUCCUAAAAUAAGGCAACUG